CCAGACAACUGUGGGUGGUGAUGCUACGGCAAUUGCUUGAUGUGAUGGGCAGAUUCUUAUAUUGCGUGUGUGUGUGUGUGUGUAACAAACAAGCAUUUCAACUUUCAAGCCCUCCUUAUCGUCUUCUAACUCUGCAAAAAGAUUCCUUCUUUUUAAUCUCCAAAAAUCUCAGUGAUUCUACUUUUCAUCAGCCUCUCUCUAAGAGUCCCUCCAUUAUAUUCCAUGGCCGGAGAUUCCAAUUCUAACCCUAAAAUCAUCGUCGAGAGAAAUCCUCCUCAGUCACGCCUUGCCAGUCUAAACGUCACCUGCUGGCCCAAAAGAUGGGGUUGUUCACCAGGGAAGUACCAGUUGAAGUUUGAUGCAGAAGAAACCUGCUAUCUGCUGAAAGGGAAGGUCAAGGCUUACCCAAAAGGUUCAUCGGAGUUUGUGGAGUUCGGUGCCGGAGACCUCGUGAUUAUCCCUAAAGGUCUCAGUUGCACUUGGGAUGUAUCUCUCGCCGUCGAUAAAUACUACAAAUUCGAGUCGUCUUCUUCUUCUUCAUCCUCAUCAUCAUCAUCUUCUGCAGCUUCUUAAUUAGUGCAUAUUUCAGAUAACUGAACUGUUAGUAAUUUCAAUUCUUUUUGGAUGAAUAUCAACUUCAACAAGUGAAUGAUUCGGUUGGCAAAUUUGUCUAUUUGUGGAGUGGCCAUGGGUGGGCUUGGCUUUCUGGUUGUCUGUUUCUGUUGGGUGUUCAGAGUUCGGAUUCCGACAGAGAGAGAAAGAGCAGUUUCAGUCAAAGAAGGAAUAAAAUAUCCGUCAAUGCAUGUCCCGUUCAAACCCAUCUACUUUACGUGUUAAAAAUCAAAUGCAGCUUUUAAUGUC